AUGGAGUUCGCUGAGAAGUUGGAUCUCAGGAGAGGGUUGCAACAGAGGCAUAUCCAGAUGAUUGCAUUAGCCGGCACAAUUGGAACCGGUCUGUUUCUGAGUUCAGGCAAAGCCAUCUCAAGAGCUGGUCCUCUGGGCGCAUUCCUGGGAUACUCAAUUACUGGCGGUCUCUGUGCCGGCGUGGUUAUGGCUAUUUCGGAACUGAGUGCUCUGGUCCCCUUGAGCGGUGGCAUUAUUCGCCACGCCGAAAUAUUCGUUGACCCAGCCCUUUCCUUCGCCAACGGAUGGAACCAAGUCUACUCGUCCCUCAUCGGUAUUCCCGCCGAGCUCGUCGCCGCGGCCAUCCUGGUCGAGUUCUGGACCACGUCCGUCAACACGGCAGUUUGGAUCGUCAUCCUCGGCCUUUUGUUACUAGCCAGCAACAUCUUCCUCGUCCGAAUCUACGGCGAGGUUGAGUUUACCUGCUCCAUGCUCAAGAUCAUGCUCGUCAUCGGAAUCAACAUCAUGGCCCUCGUCAUAACCACUGGUGGAGGCCCAGACCACACGCCUAUUGGCUUCAAGUACUGGAAGGACCCAGGUCCUUUUUUGCAAUACCUCGACGUUCCUGGUGCGCUGGGCCAGUUCAUAGGAUUUUGGACCACGUUCAACAAUGCCGCCUAUGCAUACUCCGGUAUCCAGAACAUUUCCGUUGCCGCCGCGGAAACAGAGAACCCUCGGCGCAACAUCCCCAAGGCCGCCCGCCGCAUCGUCUGGCGUGUGUGCAUUUUCUACAUCCUAACCAUCUUCAUGGUCGGCCUCGUCGUCCCCUCUAACAACCCUGAUCUCCUGACCUCUACUGGCACCGCCUCGCAAUCACCCUUCGUUAUCGCCGCCCGCAUCGCCGGAAUUAAAGUCGUACCAUCCAUCAUCAACGCCAUUAUCCUGACCAGUGCCUGGAGUUCAGGCAAUAGCACUAUGCUAUCCGGCUCGCGGUUCCUCUACGGCAUGGCGCGAGAUGGCCAAGCCCCUAAGAUCUUCACCCGCACCAGUCGCUGGGGCAUCCCCUGGAUCUCGGUUUCCUUAUUCUGCGCCUUCAUCAGCCUGGCCUUCAUGUCUCUCUCUACGGGCGCCAAUCUGGCAUUCACCUGGCUGCAAGAUUUGAUCAGUGUCUCUUCCGUGUGCAACUGGAUCAUCAUCUGCGGCGUCUACCUGCGCUUCUACUACGCCAUGAAGACGCAGGGCAUCUCGCGCUCCGAGCUGCCCUGGGCCUCGCCCUGUCAGCCGUACCUGACGUGGGUAUCCAUGAUAGCGUUUACUAUCCUUCUCCUCACAGGCGGGUAUGUGACUUUUAUGCGCGGACAUUGGGAUACUGAAACGUUCAUCUCAAGCUAUCUGAACAUUCCAAUCUUGUUCUUGUUGUAUUUUGGCUACAAGUUUACCCUUAAGACCAAGAUCCUCGCCCUCGAGGACCUGCCGAUUCGCAAGUACAUCGAUAUUGCCAAUGCAAACCCUGAGCCUGAGGAUCCACCCAAAGCUGGGUGGCACAAGAUCAAUUUCCUGUGGGAAUGA